AUGUUCGCGGUGGAGUACGAAGCGGUGCCGCGGCUGAGCGGAGAGGGGAUGCGAGCGGGGGCGAAAAUCGCGCUGACGGAUCCGUACGUCGGCGAAGACGGAACGAUUUGGCUGGAACGAGCGACGACGGAACUGUUGGGGGGGGUCGUGGAACGGUUAGAGCGCGCGAGAACGCGAGCGAUGGCGGUGUUUGAAGCGCCGAAUCGACCUGGGGUGGGAGAGGGCGAUCGCGUGAAGGCGGCGACGCGCGCGGCGUGGGAGGAGGAGGCGAACGAGGCGCGCGCGCUCGACGGCGCGAGGGACGUCGAGGGCGCGGCGCCGAGGGUGGUGGUGACGCCGAAUGCGGCGCGCGGGGUCGUGCCAGACUCACAAGUGGUGGAUAUUUUGGAGAUCGGCGGCGAGGACGACGCGCUCGCGGGCGACGCGAGGGCGAUGGGCGCGGUCGCGUCUCCGCGGCGAUCGACGCGAUCGAGCCUUCAAGCGUCGGGCGAACCGAUUUUCUCCAGUCGCGAACGAUCGUCUGUGCCGUCGUCGUCUGCGCCCGCGUUAGACGAUCGUACGAUGGCGUUGGUGCAACGCGUGAACGAGAGCGCGGUAAAAGGGCUGUGGACGUACCUCGGAUGUUUACGGGCGGCGCGAGCGUCGCUCGACGAUAAAUCCGCGAUGGCCACCGUGCACGCGUGGAUAACGAGGACUGGGAGGUUAGAAGUUCAAGAGGAUGCCCGCCCGCCGCUAUGGCGAGUAAAGAUUCAGAUAUCCGAUCCCACCGGCGCGGCGUCGGCGUAUCUUCGCAACGCUCCGCUCGACGCCUUCGCCGGAACGACGGCGACGGCGUACGUCGCCGCCGACGCUCGCGAACGAGAGUCCAUCGAAGCCUCCAUUCGCAAGCGUCUCGAAGAGUUUUGCGGUCGAAUCAGGCUCGCGUCGUUGAAAGAAAAGAUCAUGGUGGUGCAAAAGCUCGACGCGCAGCCUACCGGGUUCAAGCCAUCCGUCGUGGGCGCGCUUCGAGCUCGUAAAGCGUACUUGUAA